CUAAUGAGCCAUACAAACUGUAUUUUUGAGCUGAUAUCCAUCAAACCAGUGAAAGGAAAACCUGAAAAAAAUAGAGAAUAUCUUGUCAAAACCCCCAUCAUGGCACAGGUUACUGACUUAGAGGAUGAAGAAGAAAAUCCGGAGGAUAAGCUAUUGCAUCUCAAGGGCCAAAUGUUGUUUAUGAAAGAAUGGACCUACAUGGUUUACUUAGCCUCUCCCGAAAUGCGAGACUUGGACAGCAUGAUACAAACAGGUCUCUACAUCAAUGACCUCAGUAUGCAUGACUUCAGCAGAGACAUGGUUCUCGCUGGACAACAACAGUCUGCGGAACUCAAGUUAGCCUUGGAUCAGGAGUUACAGAAAAGUAAUCAGCUGGAAGAGUCCAUGAAAAAAUUGGAUAUAGAAAUGAAAAGAACAGACGAGUUGUUGUACCAGAUGAUUCCCAAACAAGUUGCUGAUAGGUUAAGAAAAGGAGAAGCUGCCGUCGAUACUUGUCAGGAUUUUGAUUGUGUAACGAUCCUGUUUAGUGACGUGGUUACCUUUACGGAGAUUUGUAGCCGGAUCACUCCAAUGGAAGUUGUAUCGAUGUUAAACUCCAUGUACAGUAUGUUCGACCAGCUGACGGAGAAACACAAAGUUUACAAGGUGGAAACUAUUGGUGAUGCGUACAUGGUUGUAUCCGGUGCACCAGACUUGGAUAAAAAACAUGCUGAAAACAUUUGUGACAUGGCUUUAGACAUGGUGAAUGUUAUUGGAGGUUUAAAGGACCCAUCAACGGGCCAAAGUCUUCGCAUCCGUGUUGGUGUCCAUUCCGGAAUGGUGGUCGCAGGAGUUGUUGGUCUCAAAAUGCCGCGUUAUUGUCUAUUUGGAGAUACCGUUAAUACAGCAUCUCGGAUGGAAAGUACCAGUGAGGCCUUAAAGAUACACAUCAGUGAGAAAACAAAGGAGCAACUAAACGACAAUGAAUGGGACAUCUCGGAUCGCGGAACCAUUACCGUUAAGGGAAAGGGAGAGAUGAAGACUUACUGGCUUCAUGGAAGAAAAGGUGCAAAACGACCGGUAAGAGAACAGCCCAAAGUUUUCCAGAGCGAACUCCACACUGGGACCAAAGCUACGAAGCCAGGUCAGGACGACAAUCGUUCUUUAUACUCUCCAGUUUCUCUAGACGAAGUUGUUAGACUGUCUCCUUCGCCACUCUCCCAGUCCGUCUCUAAUAACGAUAAUACACCUGUAGUCGAAACUUCGGAUGCGACGACACUACCUUCAAAUUUCAAGCAUGGAGGAGGAACAAAAGUAGCACCCUCUACUUCCCAGUCCGUCUCUAAUAACGAUAAUACACCUGUAAUCGAAACUUCGGAUGCGACGACACUAUCGUCAAAUUUCAAGCAUGGAGGAGGAACAAAAGUAGCACCCUCUACUACGGGACCAGUGUUGCUAUCUGUUUCAAACCACCACCAUUCCUAUCCGGCCAAUCAGCAACGAUUUAACAAAGUACGAUUUGCCAAUAGAGUUGUUGAAACGAAACAGGCCUGGGAUAAAGAGCCCGUUUAUCCGGCCACUAAUGGGAGGAUGUUACAUCCCCACUGUACUUGUCAUCACCAUUGUCAUGCAAUAAACAACAGUGGACAUCACCACAGACAUGCUAGUCACAUUGCCUACCCUCUUAUGUAUCAGGAUAGUCAGAUUAAGAACCACGGGCGAGGAAGCAUUCCCCUGCUUACUAAUGAAGCAGAUCUUAACUGCUGCUUUAAUAUUCGCCCACCGGGCGAAAAGUCGACCAGAAGCAACACGUGUUCCAUUCUCUAACUUUUCUAUGUCUAUAGGCCUAUAUAUGAAGACUUGAUUUAAAAAACAACAACAAUAUAUAUUAUAAAAUAUUUUAGCAUUUCCACAUACAUAAUUAGAGCGUCCGACUCUAUAAAACAUGGACAUUUAAGUAUACUAACGACAAUACACCUGAAAUGUAUCUUUCCUCCUUAAUAAUAAACCAACGGAAAAAGUGAACUUAAUAUGUAAUAAGCAAAAUAUAGUUUCAGCACAUCACAGUCUAAACGGAGAAUAUUAUUUUGCUUUGAAUCAUUGAGAUGUCCCUCCACCCAGUGGCUCAGAAGUAUGUCUGCGGACUUACAAACCUAGAAACCGGGUUUCGAUACCCGUGGUGGGUACAGCACAGGUAGCCCUUCGUGUCACUUUGUGC